UCUCCGUGUUCUACGGCUCAGUGUCGGUGAUCGCCGUGCUCGGCAACGGGCUGGUGCUCUGGAUCAUCUGCACCAGCCGCAGGAUGCGCACCACGGUGAACUACUUCAUCGGUAACCUGGCGGUGGCCGACAUCCUCAUCGGCGUCUUCUCCAUCCCGUUCCAGUUCCAGUCGGCGUUGCUUCAGCGCUGGAACCUGGCGCACUUCAUGUGCCCCACAUCGGAGUUCUUCGCUACGCUCAGCGUCAGCGUCAGCGUGUUCACCCUGACCGCGAUCGCGAUGGACCGGUACCAGGCGAUCGUCUAUCGCCUGAUCAACCACCAGUCACGGCAGCGGACCAAGGUGGCCAUCGUCACCAUCUGGGUGCUCUCUGUCAGCCUGGCGCUGCCGCAGGCGCUCUGGCUCCGAGUGUGCCUCCACUGGGACGACCUCAUCAGCGCCUACAAGCGCAAGCUUCUGCUGACCGCCCGGCGGCCCGACGCGGGGCCUGAGCGGUCGUAA